AUGGAUGAGCUUCGGUCCUUCUUUAACAACCCUUCAUCUACUCAAAGAAUUAAACUGAGAGCUCCUUUAACCGGUGGUUGUCGAUUAACUAAAAAUGAUCCCACAAAUGAUUUAAAUCGACCAGAAGAACACCGUCAUUCAGAUAUACCUAGAGGCACAGAUUAUGCCGAAGAAGUGAGGAAGAGAGAACUUGAAAUUUACAUGGAGAAUGAAAGAGUUAGGCCACUAUGCGUCGACCAUGGACAUGGAUUGGAUUCAUUAGAACACCUAACAACAAUAGGUUCUUCAUUUGAACCAAAUGCAGCCCAGCCAGAAGCAAUCUAUAGCAAAUACACAUUUCAAAAGAAAGAAGACACCAGAUAUCUUCCAAUCAAUGAACAUCAAAAUGAGAUAAUAGAGAAGAUAGCCGAAGCACCUGUGUUGAUUAUCGAAGGCCCAACAGGAUGUGGAAAAACUACUCAAGUCCCACAAUGGAUCCUUGAUAAUGCCUACAAUAAGAGGGAACCAUGUAAAAUUGUUGUGACUCAACCAAGGAGGAUUGCGGCUACUUCCAUAGCAAAACGAGUUGCUCAAGAGAGGGGCUGGGAUGUUGGUGGAAUUGUUGGAUACCAGGUUGCUUUGGAAAAUAAAACUUCAGCUGAUACUCGCAUCUCAUAUGUCACAACGGGAGUGUUACUUCAGAAGCUUGUAAACGCAAAGAAUGCGAACGAAUAUACGCACAUAAUACUGGACGAGGUUCACGAAAGGGGUCAAGAAAUGGAUUUCCUACUUCUAAUUGUCAAGAAAUUUGUCUACACCGUCUCGCCGAAGGUGAAGCUUAUCCUCAUGUCUGCUACGUUUAAUGUGGAGGCGUUUUCUAAGUACUUCAUCGUACCGAAUUUGACUGAAAGGGGCGGUGCCCCCAUUGUUAAGAUUCGAAAGACGUCCAAGUUCAUAUCUAAGGAGUUUUAUCUCAAUCAUUUAUCCAAGUUUCUUACGAUCCCAAAAAUGGAGAUUAACGAUCCGCCCGGCACUACAAUUGAGAUGCACCAUCUUGUCUUAAAACUGGUGAAUGCGUUCGAGAAUAUCGAUAAACACGAGGAAUUCAGCCAGGGCGACGUGUCAGAAUGCGAUCUGCCUUCUGUGCUGAUAUUUCUUCCCGGUAUAAAUGAAAUUGAAGAGCUCUAUGGCUGUCUAACCGAUGAAGCAUUGAGGAGGCAACUAUGCGGUGACGCGUCGCUCCGCUGGUGGGUACUGCCGCUGCACUCGACGAUCACAGCAGACGAGCAAAUACGAGUGUUCCAGCGUGCACCGCCGGGCCAUAGGAAAAUCAUUCUGUCAACCAAUAUUGCUGAAAGUUCCAUCACCGUUCCUGAUAUUAAAUACGUGAUAGAUUACUGUCUGAUGAAAGUGUUGGUGGCUGAUGAGAACACGAACUUCACGUCGUUGCAACUUCAUUGGGCUUCGAAGGCGAACUGCGAGCAACGUGCUGGACGAGCAGGGAGAGUGCGCGACGGGCGUGUCUACAGACUUGUUACUAGUAAUGUUUAUGAAUCCUUCCAAGACGAAUGCACCCCGGAGCUGCUAAGGUGUCCCUUGGAGCGACUGGUGCUCCUCGCCAAGAAGCUAGAUAUGGGUCCGCCCGCAAAUAUCCUUGCGUUGGCAAUGAACGCUCCCGAUUUAUCUAACGUACACAGGACUGUCCUUGUGUUGAAAGAGAUCGGCGCCUUAAAAAAGCUAGUACACUCCCAAUGGAGUACCUCGGAUGGCGAAAUUACAUAUUUGGGCCACAUUAUGGCAUUACUGCCCAUCGACGUGAAGCUGUCCAAACUUAUCAUGCUUGGAUACAUAUUUGGAUGUUUGGAUGAAUGUGUUAUCAUGGCUGCUGCAAUGUCAGUGAAAAAUGUAUUUAGCAGCCCGUUCCGUGAACGAAUGAAAGCCUACAACUCAAAACUGACUUGGGCCGACGGGUCUACGAGCGAUUGCAUUGCUUUUCAUAACGUUUACAAGGUGUGGAACCACCUUCGUCAGCAACAGUACUUCAAGCAAUCCGGCAACAGCGAGGCGCAGUGGGCGCGCCGGUUCUACGUGCAAGUGCGUGCGAUGCGCGAACUGGACGACAUGGUGCGAGAGCUGCGCGCGCGUUUGUCGCGCGAGGGCAUCGAGUCGUUGAAAGGCAACUCGCCUUGGAGCAAACAGGAGAUUCCUAUUGUGUUAAAGGUAUUAAUCGCCGGCGCAUUCUACCCUCAAUACUUCGUGCAAGUGGCCGGCGACGAGGGUCGCGAGAGGGAUGCUGUUCGGAUGCUGAACGGUCUCAAUCCGCGGAACACGGUCUACUUGCAGGGAUUCCCCGACAAUCAGCCAGGAGCUAUUUAUUCCUCCGCUAUCAAGAACAUCAUCGUGCAGCACAUAGGGGAUAAACCGAGAGUUACAUUCGACAGAAACAGCAGAAAAGUUUAUUUGACAUUUAAUGACGAUGAAGAGAAACACGACAAAGAUAAAAGUGGCAACCCAACGAUUCCAGGCCAAGUGGUGCUUGCGGUGUACAAAGCUAUUAAAUGCCGACAAUUGAAGAUACAAAUAAGAAUACCAUUACUGCCAUUAGACAGAGCACAUGAUCUAGCGAACGGGCUUGAAGCAUUAAAGUUAACUUGUGACGUUGAUAAAAUGGUCCCGCGUCUGCCUGAAAUCGACGAUACACAUUUCCCAUUAAAGAUAUCUCAGAUCAUAAACGUCGGCAAGUUCUGGGUUCAGUACGAUGACGAGUCUACCGCGUCCGAGCUCCGCUGCAUCCACAAUGCUUUGAAUCGUAAGCAGCUGGUGCAGUUUACCGACACACCCAGCGUUGACGCACUGGUUGCUGCGCCGUAUGUCGACGCUAACGGCAAUGUAAUGUACCGUGCUAAGGUCACACAAGUGCUCUCUCGGGACAUGCUAGAAGUGUUCUACAUAGACUAUGGUGGUGUGGGUCGCGUUAAAGUAUCUAGCCUGGGUCUGCUGCCUAGUGGCCUUGACAGCCCGCCACUCGCGAUGCAGUGCACUCUAGCCGAAGUUGCGCCAGCGCCACUUUUGCACCCGCACGGGCAGUGGGUUCCGGGCGCGAUGAAACUCUUCAUGGAUCUAGUUGCUAGAGGGCGCCUCAUUGGAAAGAUAUAUUCAGUCACCCACGGCGUCGUAUCUAUCGAGUUGAUGGCUGAAGGUGGUCGGAUUAGCAUUAACAAAGAAUUAACAGCGAAGGGUUUAGCUGUUCGAUGCGAAGAGAGUUACGAGUCGAAGCUUAACCACGAUCUACGCCAAACGGCAACAGACUUGAACAUAGCGCAGAAGCGAGCCUUCAACAAAGAACAAACGGAUCUCGCCUUCAAUCAGAUGCACGAAUUCGGCACCCCCAGCUACAAAGAUUGUAUUUCUGAUGUCUACUUGAAGGGGCCGAAUAGCCCCUUGGAAACAAAUCUCCACAACCUGAUGUAUGGCAACCGUGAUAAACAAGUGGUGGUCGAGUGGAACUCUGUGAACUCGGUGUUGCUAGAUACUGAACCGCAGGAAAUAUAUGAAAGGUUACUAGUGGCAGCUGAAGUUGGCCAAAAUGAACUAAGCAGUAAGGUGACGCUACGUCACACAACCCUCAUGCCCAACAUUCCAGGUCUACCAGCCAUAUUGGCUAUGCUGUUCUGCCCUGAGGCUGAGCUCCGUCGAGACUCAGCUGGCAGUCGAUACGUGAGUGUGCUGUGUGGUCUAGGAAGUACUGUACAGGGACAUCCUUACUUCCCUGAGCACGAUGUCCUCGUCAAUAUUGACGCCGAUUUCUCUGUUGACGACAUAAGUGAUAUAAAUCACAUUCGCUACCUGAUGGAUCUCUCGAUGCAGCUCAAAAGCGGGCUCGACGUGGAGCAAGACGAGUCCGACUUCACAGCCAACUUGCCGCAGCUUAUACGAAACGAUCUUAUGAAGCUACUCUUGAGACGACGUAAGCAUCGCGAGACAAUAACAGUGUCAAACGCGUGGAACUGGAAGUCGGUGCCAGAGCACGAAUUCUUGGAGAUAAGCGUGCCAGAUAUGGUGGAAGCGGCCGAAGUGUACCCGCUUCACGCUCCGCUAGAACUGACGCCUGUAUCACGGGAUCACUUGCUACAAUUAAAACGUGACAACGAUGAGCUCAAAAUGAUUGUGGGAAGAGCGUCUCUCGGCUCAAACAUCCAGCUAACGUGCAAGUUAUGCAACACCAUGCCAAUGCCGACUCAUGCGAUGCGCAUACACCUCUUCUCGAAUGUUCAUCGCGAAAAGGAGGAAGAUCUCCGAGCGCUAAAUUCUUAA